AAGAUCGGGGUGAGCGGCACGAUGAUCCAACAUCGGGCCGUGAAGUUCGCGUCCGAGAUGGGCAUCACCUUCGCUGCGAGCAACGGUUGGCUUCACCGCUUCCUCAAACGCUACCAGUUGAAGCACAUCAACCUGCACGGGGAAGCUGGCGACGUGGACCAGGAGAAGGUGCAGGAGAAGAUUGCGCAGAUUCGGGAGCAGCUGAAGGAGUUUGACGUCGAGUUCAUUUUCAAGAUGGACGAGACGGGGCUUUUCUACCCCUGUUUCCCAAGAGGCACGUACGUCACGAGGCAGGAGGACGCUGCUGGCGUCAACAAAAAAAACGCUGCUGGCGGGGAUAGGCUAGCCUCGUGUAUUACAUCUUCGAUGACAGAGGCUAAGGUCCGCGCUAGCUUAGAGAGUGUUCGCUCCUACUUGUACGCCAAUGGAAAGGAUGGCGAAUACCGCGAAACCCAGCACCUCCUUUCGAAAACGGUGCAUUCGUUCACGCAUGAAACACAAGUCAAGCGCAGGUCCAAGGAGGGGGGGGAGCUGCAGGCAACUCUUCGCGAUAUGUAG